GUCGACUUUCAAUAUCUCUGUUUCGUCUCUCGCGCAAUCUCGCAAGAGCUUUGUCGAAGGCUCGAAGCUCUCGCUGUUUCUUCUACCCCUAUAACUCUCUCUCUCUGAAGCCCAUCUUAUUUAUGGCAUCCCAGGCUAGUCUCCUCCUUCAAAAACAGCUUAAAGAUCUUUGUAAGAAUCCGGUGGAUGGGUUCUCAGCUGGAUUGGUCGAUGAGAUUAAUAUAUUUGAAUGGAGUGUUACAAUUAUUGGGCCGCCCGAUACGCUUUAUGAGGGUGGAUUCUUCAAUGCCAUCAUGAGCUUCCCAUCCAAUUACCCAAAUAGUCCACCAACGGUGAAGUUUACUUCAGAAGUCUGGCAUCCUAAUGUUUACCCUGAUGGUCGUGUUUGCAUAUCAAUUCUUCAUCCUCCUGGUGACGAUCCUAAUGGAUACGAGCUUGCAAGCGAGCGAUGGAUGCCUGUCCACACGGUUGAAAGUAUUGUUUUGAGUAUCAUAUCGAUGCUUUCAAGUCCAAAUGAUGAAUCUCCUGCAAAUAUCGAGGCUGCAAAGGAAUGGAGAGAGAGGAGAGAUGCUUUCAAGAAGAAGGUCAGCCGAUGCGUGAGGAAGUCACAAGAAAUGUUGUGAUCAUCUGCCUGUGCUUGUUUAGCUAAAUGCCCCUGCCAAAGAGAAUGUCCUUAACUUAUGUGUGAGCGAACUGGUUCACCGGGUAAUAUGCUGAGUCGUGUAGAAUGCCAUUGGAAAUUCGCACACCCAUCUCUUUUGCCUCUUUCCCAUCAUUUCUGCACUAUCCAGUAAUUGUAAUCUUGGGACAAUUCUGUACGCAAAAAGCUUUUGGUUAUUACCGUACUUUGUCAAGUCCUAAUCUGUUUAGGACAUUCAUUAUUGGUUUUUGCAUCUGUUUUUUCUUCUUUUAAAUGAUACCGUUCUACUUCAGGUACCAA